AUGAACCCUGAGAGCAACCAUACAAAGAAGAUAAAAAAAGUCCUCGAAACAGCUAAUUUCACCCAUCUCUGCUCUGAGGCCUCAAAGAUCCGCCAACGAGAAGAGUCCCUAGAUUCGCUGACCUGCUCUGUGAACACCGCAAAGCUCACCAGCGGUACAUACAACCUCGUGCUUGCCCUUACCUUCUCAGACACGACUCAAUGGGUGGCGAGAAUUAUGCUGCCCGAAGACGACUACGACGAUGAAGAUGAAGAUGUUGCGAUAUUGCUUUUGAGCGAAAUUGCUUCUAUGAACUAUGUUCGCUCCAAAACCACCAUACCCGUACCCCGCAUCUUUGGGCACAGUGUCACCAAGAAUGACUUCGGCUAUCCCUAUAUCUUAAUGGAAGCCCUCCCAGGAACGGUCCUAGAGAACAGAAUGGCUCUCUCGAUACCCGCUUCACAUAAGAAGAAAUUCGCCGCUCAACUAGCCCGCUAUAUCUAUGAACUGGGCACUCUCCGAUUUAGCAAGAUCGGCUGCCUCUCUCACCCCGACGAGUCCGACGAGCUUGAACCGUCAUCAUUCCAAAUCUCAGGUUCUUGGGUCGGACCUCUGUCGACCUCAUUGGAAUACUUCUAUCUAUUCCGAAAAGGUCAGACAAGGGAAAUCCACGAAAAACACAAAGGCGAAGCAGACUGGGAAGCAGCCGCUUGGUUCCUCGAAAAAUCGUUGACGUCGAUGGUAACGGAGGAGCAUGUAUAUGGCCCAUUUCCAUUGUGUCAUUUGGAUCUUCACUUCAAUAAUAUGCUCGUUGAUGAAGAUUUCAACAUCACUGCUAUCCUUGACUGGAGCAAUAUUCAGACUGUGCCGAUGGAGCGUUUUGCCUCAAAUCCGGAAUUCAUUGCUCCUCCUGCCGCGCCACAGGAGUUUAAACAGGCGGUCUUUGACUUCCGCGAUAUUUUUGUUGAUGCGUUAGCAAGCAUCGAAGGGGAAAGCGGUGCCUCGUCGUCUGAUGGAGGAAUGCCAUUAUCCCGUCUGUUUGCAUCUCCCUUGUCUGAGGUGGUUUUUCGAUGUACCUGUAGCCCUGCACGGAGAGCUAUUUUCGAUGCUCAGCUCACCCUCUCUCUAACUUAUGGUAAAGAUGCUAAGUGGGAGGAUUUCAAGAGAUUCUUCAAUGACCGUUCGGCGUGA